GACGCGCCAUGGCCGACGCCGAGGUGUGCUCCUUCCUCACCAAGGUGCUGUGCGCGCACGGCGGCCGCCUGGCCGUGCCGCAGCUGCUCCGCGACGUGCGGCUGCCCGAGGCGCAGCUCGUGCAGGUGCUGGAGGCGGCGGGGCCCGAGCGCUUCGUGCUGCUAGACGCGGCCGAGCCGAGCGGCGUCACCCGCUACGUGCUGGCCGCCGCGCGCGUCCGCGUCUGCCGUCGGAAGACCUGCCAGCGGCCCUGCGGGAACCUGCACCUCUGCAAGCUCAACCUGCUGCGCCGCUGCCGCUACUCGGAGCGGAAUUUAUGCAAAUAUUCUCAUGAGAUUUUCUCAGAAGACAACAUGAAAGUCCUGACCGCGCAUGAGCUGUGGGGACUUAAUAAAGAGGAACUGACAGUGCUCCUCCUCCAGAAUGACCCCUUCUUUCUGCCAGAGAUCUGCAAGAGCUACAAGGGAGAGAACCACAAGCAGACAUGUCUGCAGCAGCCGCUGUGUGAGCGGCUGCACAUCUGCGAGCACUUCACGCGGGGGGAAUGCAGUUACCCCAACUGCCUGCGGUCCCAUAACCUGAUGGACAGGAAGGUCCUGGCCGUCAUGAGGGACCAUGGGCUGAACCCAGAGGUGGUGCAGAACUUUCAGGACAUUUGCAACAGCAAGCACAGCCGCAGAAAGAAGCCGUCUGCCUGGAAAGGUGCUCCCGCCCACCGCAGAGCGGGGCCCCCGAAAGGCAGGGGCCAGAGCCAAGAGCAGCCGUUCCAGAGCCGCGAGUUCCUGUCCACGGCCUUGCUCUCUGAGCUGCAGGAGGGCCCCCCGGAAGAGGUGUCGAAUCUCGCCUCCAAGUUUCAGCACCUGGGGAGCCCCGAGGGCUCGACCCCAGCCUCCGUUUCAUCCAGAGUUGCUGGUGUGGGUGUGGGGGUUGGAGGCCUGGCAGAAAGGAGCCAGCAGCUGCCGGAGAAGGGCAGCUCCAAAGAUUCCAGCUCUCGUGGCCCUUCUGAUGCAGACCCCUGGGCCCAGUGGAAGGACCCCCCAUCCUGGCUCAAAGUGCUGGUUCCCAGCGGGGAGAGUUCAUUUCCGCCUGUGCCUUCGGCGCCCAUGCUGAGCCCCGAAACCUUCCAGAAGGACGAGGAUAGACCCCCCUCAGAAAUAGACGAAGGUGCCCAGCGCCAGCCUCUGUCCUUCCUGGGGGACACCUCCUGGGCCACAGAUCGACCUUCCGCCAAAUCUUCCCGGGACAGAGCGACAGCCACCAGAGAGCAAGAAAAAGCGUCUGCAGGUUCCAGAGCCUCCCAGAAAAGCAGCGACAGACUCCCCUUGGAAAUAGAGAUGUGGUUAGACGAAACUGUCCAGGACAAGCCGCCUCUGCCCAACCUGGCGGGCGCCAGAUCCCCCCAGAAGAUCAAGGAUGGUAUCGUCUCGGAAAUAGAGAUCUGGGAGAACGGAGAUGUCCCAGAGGAGCCUCUGUCCUUCCUCUCAGACACACGGGCCCCAGGUCGACCUUCCGCAAGACCUUUGCACGGCCAAGAUGCAGCUGUCAAUAAAGUCAGAUCCUGGAAUCCGGACCUCAGGAGCUCAGCUCCCUCCCACCCCAGGGGCCCUGGCAGGACCACCGAACCUGCAGGUGUUCCGGCAGAGGACCACAGCCACGAUAGUGAAAAGGAUGAAAUCUGUCUUGGCUACCUGUCCCAGGGGUGUCCACUUCCUCAAAGCUGCCAGAAAGUGCAUUUCCAUCUGCCCUACCUGUGGAAGAUACGUACCAAGAAUACCUGGGUGUUGCUGCAGCCCUUGGAGAUCAUAGAGACCAUAGAGAAGUACUACUGUGAUCCCCAGAGAUCCGUGUGUACCAUCAGGAAUCUCAAGUUCGAUUUUCUAGAAAUGACUUGUAAUUCUGACCCCAUCCGACGCAUCUCCACGUGCUCAUCGGUCAAAGCCACGGGCUUGCUUUUCACCACCAAGUGGAUUUGGUACUGGAGGGAUGAAGAAGGGAUAUGGAUCGAAUAUGGAAAGGAGGACCAUCGGCACCCGCAGACGGCCAGCGUCGACUCCUCCUACCUGGAGACCAUCUACUGCAGCUCCUCGAGGGCUGUCGUGGUGCCCUUUCAGGCGGGCAAGCGGAAUUAUGAGCUGAAUUUCCGAGCAAUGAUUCAGACCAACGUCACCUCCAAAACCCAGAAGAAAGUGCUCCGAAGACCGGCCUUCAUGCCUGCCUCGGAGAUGGAGCGGUUAAAGUGUGAGCUAGAUGAUUCAAUUAAAAAAAAAAAAAAGAGGCGUUUGCCUUGCAUGCGGCUGACCCGGGUUCGAUGUUCGAUUCCUCCGUCCCUCUCGGAGAGCCCGGCAAGCUACCGAGAGUAUCCCGCCCGCACGGAAGAGCCUCGCAAGCUCCCCGUGACGUAUUCGAAUUGCCAAAAACGCCAUUUGGAGGUCAUGAACAAACCUUUGGUCCCGAGUCUUCUUUCCCAGACGGACAGCCCAUGCUCGAGCGGGUAUCAGUUGUUAGAGCUCAGGAGUCAGGAUCUGGAGUAUACCCAAGUAAACGAGCGUUUUAAAGCAUCCAUGAAAAAUUUCAAGAUUGACAAGAUCAAGAAGAUCUGUAACGAAAAGCUUAGGAAUGCUUUUUUCAGGAAGAAAAUGAAGAGCCCUAAGAGUCUGGAAGAAAUCUUAUUUUGUGUUCCACCGCCCAGCCAGUUGGAAUCUAUCUACGCGAAUAAUUUUGACUGUGCCUCUCCUGGAUUUUCUGAACACAAAUACGGAAUUGGAAGUUACUUCACAAAAGAUGCCCUCCGUUCUCAUAAAGAGAGCAUGAGCCCCAAGUUCGGAGUAAUGAUCGUCUCCCGUGUCCUGGUUGGAAAUUACAUCGAAGGAAAUCGGCUUCUCAAGAGACCAGCGUUGGGGUAUGACAGCUGUGUGGAUUCCGUACAGAAUCCCUCCAUCUUUGCCAUCUUCGAGAAAGACCAGAUUUACCCACAGUAUGUGGUUGAAUAUUCUGAAAUAGAAAAACCGUGCGUCGUUAGUUAGGAAGGCCGCUCUCUCCCUUCUCACCUACAGCCAAAUCGCCCCCGGAUAGAGUUCCUCUUUUACAUGGCUUUGCUUGCCAUCAGUGGCUCCCAGAUUUUUCUGCAUGUUUGACCUUUCUGGAUAACUGAACAGACAUCCAGGUCUGGCUAGUGAACCCGAGAUAGUGAACUGCGAGUGUGGCUGGAUGCGGUGGCUCCCGAGAAUCAGGAGUGGCGUCUUUGCAGGGAAGGACGGGCCUCUUCUCUGCUGGACCCAGAACCAGAACAGAGCAAACUUCCGGGUAUUUCCAUCGGGCCUCACCCCUGCCACACGUAACGAAUUAGACGAAUUUCUCGCGUCCUCCGCUUGUGGAGGAGUUGAGGGGUCUGGGCCAAAGCGUUCCUGCCCUGCUCGAAUCAGGUGUUUCCCUCCAGUUUUCCUUAGUCAGCAUUCCAUACCCGUUCCCCAGGUUUCCUGAGCUCAGCCCUCCCGGUGGACCCCUUGGAGCCCGUUUGUCCGACUUUAGAGCAGGUGAGCUCAGCUGCUCGACCCGAAAGGUCCCGCCGGGGACACGUGCAGAAAGGGGUGUAUUCCACGAUGCUUCUUUCAAAUACUUAUUCUCGGCGAUUUCCCCUUUGCCCCGACUUCCCUUUUGGGGUUUUCAAAUGUCCUGAUCACAAGUCUCCCGGAGCAGACAUUGCCUUUCCACCCAUGGCUUUCCCUGCUGGACACCUCAGUCUGGUGUUUCACAGUCUCUCUCUGACGUGUGCAGCUGCUCUGUCUCUGCAGUGAACUGGGGUCUCCAGCCCCUCAGACAGCUCUGUCUUCCUGCUUCCCGCCUGUCCCCCUGAUACCAGUCCAGUCCCCAAGUCCAGUAGUAUCUCUUUCAUGUCUUUGUCCCCCCUCGAAGUUGUUUAAAAUUUAGCAAGAAAGGACUGAGGAGAUAGCUCAGGGCCCGGGUGCAGCCCUUGCAUGCUCAAGGUCCUGAGUUUGAUCCCGCUCCUCGUGGUCCCCAAUCCCAAAGCAUCCCCAGGUGUAACCCUGGCAUCUCCCUGCCUUGCCCCCUGCCUCAGCACCCUCAGCACUUAAGGCCGGGGGCUGAGCCUCGCCGGGAGUGUGCCCAGAGUUGACUCUCCCCGCUGCAAACCAGAAGCAGGAACAAAACUAGCAGCCUCGACGAUGGUAUUGUCUGUCUUUUCUCUUAAUAAUUCUGAAAACACAAAUGCGAUUAGGGGGGCUGGAGCAAUAACACAGCAGAUAGGGCAUUUGCCUUGCAUGCGGCUGAUCCGGGUUUGAUUCCCAGCAUCCCAUAGGGUCCCCUGAGCACUGCCAAAAGUAACCCCCGUGCAUUAGUAGAUAUAACACAAAAAGAAAAAAAAAACAACAAAAAACAACAAAAACACACACACACAAAAAAAAAAUGCAAUUGUACCUGUAGGUAGUUUGUAGUAGUGUUCUCACUGUCUCCCCACCCUCUUCUGUGACUCCCACAAAGAAGCCACUGGCCUUCCUGUUUAUGUAGCCUUUUCCCCUAGAUCAGUGGGUUUUUC